CAAUGUCUGCUUUUCUUUCAGCUUGUCGGCUUCUGUAGUUUGUUCUUUUACAUUAAAGAAACAGUUGGCUGUUGUUCUAAUAUUUGCUCUGUUCUUAGUGUUGUUAAAAGAAAUUUUAGAUGGUAGAUCGUGGUUCAUGCUGCAGGCCUUCUGCUGGAUCUGAAACCUGGAGGCCUUGGCCGAUUCCAGCGGUGACCAAUGAAGAGAUUAUUGCCGGGUUACUCACCAGUUGACGGUUUGGCUCAGUUUUGACAGCUGCUGGUCCAGUGAAAGAGAAGGCAGAUCAGCAUCUUUCUCAGCCCAACUGUUAAUGCUGAUUGUCACUGAGGUUAUGUAAGUGGGCGCCAUCAGGGAAAUGAGGGAGGCAGUCCUUAGAUGUCAGGGAGAGCCCAGGUGAAAAAGAGAACUGGCCCAUGUCACAUAGCUUUGCAAUGUGUAGGUGGUAAACUCCCUCCCUGCCAUUUUCCUAAUCCUCCCACCUCCAAUUUAAUUGUCAGCGAAUUAUUGGCCAUGCAUUAACACACAGUCUUUAAUGGAAUAUUUCUUGUUCAAACAUUGGACUGUGCACUGCUGGUAAAUAUAUUGAAAAACUUGACUCUCUAACUCUGUUUGCAGUGUUAUUACAUGUCCCACCUCCCCGCAUCGCCCAAAAAAAUCCAGACCAUUGUGCUUUGAGAACUUGUGUGAAAGUUGAAAUUCCUUCUUCCUUGCAACUCCCCCAGCUUCUCUUCCAGACUCAACUCCUGUCACUUGCAAACCACCUGUUAGAGCUUGGAAGGGAAAAACAAAUCUCGAUCUAUUGUAGUUACAUACAUCAGAAAUGUUGCCUGUUUAACAAAUCCAGUUGAAUAGGACUUGAAAACUUGAGAGGGCUUGUCAUCUGAAGAGUGGUUGAGGGUUUUGGUUCAGUUUAGGAUGGAGUUUAGAAGGAUGGGAGGGAAUUUCAUUGGCACUUACAGAAUAUUGAGAGGCCUGGAAGGAUUGUACAUGGAACAGAGAAGAUGUUUCCACUCAGAGGAGAGAUUAGGACAUGUGGGCACAGUCGCGGAGUGAAGAGGCCAACCUUUAGAACGAAGGUAAGAAAGAAUUUCUUCAGUCAGGGAGUGGUUAAUCUGAGGAAAACAUUGCAGGAAGCCGACGUCAUUAGGACUAUUUAAGAUAGAGAGAGAGAUGGGUUCUUGAUUAAUAAGGGGAUCAAGGGUUUCAGAAGAAGGCUGGCGAUUGGGCUUCAGAAACGUCACAGCCAGAAUUGAAUGGCAAAGCAGACUGAGGAGGUCGAAUGAGCUAAUUCUGCCCCUAAAUCUUAUGGUCUUAUGGAUUUGACACUAAAUAUUUCAAUGGUCCUUUUGUGAGGAAGCCACUUCUGGGUGCAAGUGCUUGUUUAAAAUGUCUUUAAUUUUUGCCUUAUAUAGUCAGGAAGGCAAAUGCAAUGUUGGCAUUUAUUGUGAAAAGACAUGAAUCUAAAAACAGGGCUGUACCUCUGAGGCUUUAUAAGGCUCUGGUCAGGCCAUACUUGGAGUACUGCAUGCAGAGUUGUGCCCCAUAUCUCAGGAAGGAUGUACUGUCCCUGGAACGGGUUCAGAGGAGGUUCACGAGAAUGGUCCAGGGAAUGGAAACCUUAAAAUAUGAGGAACGGUUGAUGACUCUGAGACUGUACUCAUUGGAGUUUAGAAGGAUGAGGGGUGAUCUAAUUGAAACUUUCAGAAUACUGAAUGGCCUGGACUGAAUGGUUGUUGGGAAGAUGCUUCCAUUGGUAGGAGAGACGAGGCCCCGAGGGCACAGCCUUCGAAUGAAGACAAGACCUUUUAAAUUGGAGAUUUGCAGAAACUUCUUCAGCAGAUAGUUUUGAAUCUGUGAAAUUCACUGCCACAGAAGGCUGUGGAGGCCAGAAAAUUUAAAACUGAGACAGAUAGGUGCCUGAUUAUCACGGGGAUCAAGGGCUAUGGGGAGAGAGCAGGAGAAUGGGGUUGAGGAACUUAUCAGCCAUGACUAAAUGGCAGAACAGACUCAAUGGGCCGAAUGGCUAAUUUCUGCACCUAUGUCUUUCGGUUUUGUGGUCUUAAAUAAUUGCAGGUCUAAAAUCUUUGAGAGCCCAAACUCUGAGAAAGAUGAAGAACCAAGUUCACCAAAAGAGACAGCAACAAUUUCAAAUUCUGGAAAUGUUGACAGUGCAAAUGGUGAGGAAAAUGGAAGUUGUGGUUCUUCAGGAUCCAGCGAAAUAAUUGCUCAAAGAGAAGAAGGAACAAUCCAGAAUAAUUUUGAUUUGGAGGAGGUCCAACUUCAAAAGGAGCAAGAAGGCGUUUGCAGCAAUUGCAGCUGUGAAAGCGUCGAGUCUGAACACGGUCCGAAUUCUGAUGAAAUUCAGAAUUUAAGUUCACCAGAAAAGGGAGCGACAGUCAAGAAAAGCAUAGACUUCAACAGAUCAAGCUUUCUAGAAGAAUAUAAUUUCAGUCCUGCAGAAAAGGAAACACUAAUGAAAAUUGCUAUACCUGAAAUUCUUGAAAUCUGGCUGGAGGAGUCUGCCGAAGACUUUCGUCAAGUUCCAACUUACUCUUGUCUCCGGAAGGUACUUUGCUACUUGAACCAGACAGUGCCGGGGUCAGAUGCUGAACAUCGGGCCCAGAAACUCCUGAGUCGGUUUUUGGCGGAGGAAACAGCGGAGAAAGAGAUGUUCAAAGGCUACCGUAGAAGAGUUAGAUUCUAUAUUGGAGAAGAACACGACCAAACCAUCGAACAAGUUGACGAAAAGCUCCUGUCCUACCCAUCACGCUUCAUUGCAGAGCAGCUGACUUUUAUGGAUGCUGAUCUUUUUCGGAAACUUGUGCCCAGCCAAUGUUUAGGGUCCAUCUGGUCUCAACGAGGGAAGGAAGAAAAACAGCAUCUGGUAUCAACCGUCCAGGCCACCAUUACACAGUUCAAUAAUGUUACAAAAUGUGUCACCAGCACCAUAUUAAGACCUCAACAGCUGAAACCACGGCAGAGGGCUAAAAUCAUUGAGAAAUGGAUUGAUGUUGCCCAGGAAUGUAUGAUUUUGCAGAAUUUCUCGUCAGUGCAUGCAAUUUCUACGGCAUUGCAAUUGAAUAGUGUGUUCAAUUUGAAGAAGACUUGGGCAGCCGUGUCAAAGAGCAGUAAGACAACAUUUGAAGACCUUUCAAAUAAUGAAGAAGAUAACUUUAUAGCAAGUAGAGAGCUGCUAAUGGAGGAUAUCGUUCAGGGAAUUGUGCCGUACCUGGGAACUUUCUUAACAGAAUUUUCAGCGCUGGAUUCGGCUUUCCCGAAUUGCCAUUCAAAUGGCUUGAUCAACUUUGACAAGAGACAAAAACUCCUCUGAACUCGAGAAACCGCCAAAGCCCAAAAAGAGUGUGUUUAAACACCUCAGCUGCCUGUUUUCAAAGAGAGGUGUUAAAAUACACAACACUCAAACUAAAAGCUCUGAGCAGCGAGCAUC